GGGCGCGGGGCAGAGGCGCGCAGCAUGGAGUGGGGUUACCUGUUGGAAGUGACCUCGUUGCUGGCCGCCUUGGCGCUGUUGCAGCGCUCGAGCGGCGCGGCGGCUGCCUCGGCCAAGGAGCUGGCGUGCCAAGAGAUUACCGUGCCGCUUUGCAAGGGCAUCGGCUACAACUACACGUACAUGCCCAACCAGUUCAACCACGACACGCAGGACGAGGCGGGCCUGGAGGUGCACCAAUUCUGGCCGCUGGUAGAGAUCCAGUGCUCGCCGGACCUCAAGUUCUUCCUGUGCAGCAUGUACACGCCCAUCUGCCUGGAGGACUACAAGAAGCCCCUGCCUCCUUGCCGCUCGGUGUGCGAGCGCGCCAAGGCCGGCUGCGCACCCCUCAUGCGCCAGUACGGCUUCGCCUGGCCGGACCGCAUGCGCUGCGACCGGCUGCCGGAGCAGGGCAACCCCGACACGCUGUGCAUGGACUACAACCGCACGGACCUCACCACAGCCGCACCCAGUCCGCCGCGCCGCCUGCCGCCGCCGCCUCCGGGUGAGCAGCCGCCCUCUGGCAGCGGUCACGGCCGCCCGCCGGGGGCCAGGCCCCCGUCCCGCGGCAGGGGCGGUGGCGGCGGGGACGCAGCGGCGCCCCCCACGCGCGGCGGCGGCGGCGGGAAGGCGCGGCCCCCUGGCGGCGGCUCAGCGCCCUGCGAGCCGGGCUGCCAGUGCCGCGCGCCCAUGGUGAGCGUGUCCAGCGAGCGGCACCCGCUCUACAACCGCGUCAAGACCGGCCAGAUCGCCAACUGCGCGCUGCCCUGCCACAACCCCUUCUUCAGCCAGGACGAACGCGCCUUCACCGUCUUCUGGAUCGGCCUGUGGUCUGUGCUGUGCUUCGUAUCUACCUUCGCCACCGUCUCCACCUUCCUCAUCGACAUGGAGCGCUUCAAGUAUCCCGAGCGGCCCAUUAUCUUUCUUUCGGCCUGCUACCUCUUCGUGUCUGUCGGCUACCUGGUACGCCUGGUGGCGGGCCACGAGAAGGUGGCGUGCAGCGGCGGCGCGCCGGGCGCCGGCAGCACGGCAGGCGCGAGCGGCGCGGCGGCGGCGGCGGGCCCCUGGCGGGCGGGAGCAGGCGGCCCGGGCGGGCGCGGCGAGUAUGAGGAGCUGGGCGCUGUGGAGCAGCACGUGCGCUACGAGACCACCGGCCCCGCGCUGUGCACGGUGGUCUUCCUGCUCGUCUACUUCUUCGGCAUGGCCAGCUCCAUCUGGUGGGUGAUCCUGUCGCUCACGUGGUUCCUGGCGGCGGGCAUGAAAUGGGGCAACGAGGCCAUCGCCGGCUACUCGCAGUACUUCCACCUGGCCGCGUGGCUCGUGCCCAGCGUCAAGUCGAUCGCCGUGCUGGCGCUUAGCUCCGUGGACGGCGACCCGGUGGCUGGCAUCUGCUACGUGGGCAACCAGAGCCUCGACAACCUGCGCGGCUUCGUGCUGGCGCCGCUCGUCAUCUACCUCUUCAUUGGCACCAUGUUCUUGCUAGCCGGCUUCGUGUCGCUCUUCCGCAUCCGCUCAGUUAUCAAGCAGCAGGGCGGCCCCACCAAGACGCACAAACUGGAGAAGCUCAUGAUCCGCCUGGGUCUCUUCACCGUUCUCUACACCGUGCCCGCUGCCGUCGUGGUCGCCUGCCUCUUCUAUGAGCAGCACAACCGCCCGCGCUGGGAGGCCACGCACAACUGCCCGUGCCUACGGGACCUGCAGCCAGACCAGGCGCGCCGGCCCGACUACGCCGUCUUCAUGCUCAAGUACUUCAUGUGCCUCGUGGUGGGCAUCACCUCGGGCGUGUGGGUCUGGUCCGGCAAGACGCUCGAGUCGUGGCGUGCGCUGUGCACCCGCUGCUGCUGGGCCAGCAAGGGCGCCACGGGGGGCGCGGGCGCCGCGGCCGCGGGGGGCGCCGGGGGACCCGGGGGGGGCGGGGGCGUGGGGUCCGGUGGGGGCGGGGGCCCGGGCGGUGGGGCGGGAUCCCUCUACAGCGACGUCAGCACCGGCCUGACGUGGCGAUCUGGCACGGCCAGCUCCGUGUCUUAUCCAAAGCAGAUGCCAUUGUCCCAGGUCUGAGUGGAGGGGAGGGGGCACCCGGAAGGAAUGGGGAGGGGGGCGAGGAAGCAAGUGCAGCGAAGGGACACUCGACGGGCUGAGGUUCCCACCCCUUCACCGUGUUGAUUGCUAUUAGCAUGAUAAUGAACUCUUAAUGGUAUCCAUUAGCUGGGACUUAAAUGACUCGCUUAGAACAAAGUACCUGGCAUUGAAGGCUCCCAGACCCAGCCCCCUUUCCUCCAUUGAUAUGCGAGGAGCUCCUCCCGCCAGGCGUUAAUCUCUGUUGGCAGAGGAGGGUGGACUCUGCUGCGUUUCAGAACGCCAGGUUUGGAGCCCUCGCUGGUUGCCGUUUGCUGAGCUUGAAGCCAGAUCUACAGAUUUCACCUGAGGGACCUAUUUUUCUCCCUCGACUCUCCUACGUAAACUCUUAAUCCUAACAUACCCUAGAGGAGGGAUGACCGCGACCUAAUGGAAUUGCACGGUUUGGGUAUUCUUAAUGACCAGGCAAAUGCCUUAAAUAAACAAACAAAUAAUGUCUUAAUUAUACACCCCAAGUAAAUACGGGUUUCUUACAUUAGAGGAUGUAUUUAUAUAAUUAUUUGUUAAAUUGUAAAAAUGUGUAAAAUAUGUACAUAUCCAAAGAUAUACAGUCUGUACAUUUUUUGUAAAAAGUUUAGAGGCCACCCCUGUAAGAACAAAUAUAAGUAUUCUAUUUUGUCAAUAAAAUGACUUUUGAUAAAUGAUUUAAGCAUCGCCCUUUCCCCCUGCCUCUUCUAAGCUGUUACCUUUAAAGUGCUUGCUAAGGACGUGUUGAAAAAUGGACAUUUUCUGGUUUCUCAUUCUGUACACUGACCUUAGGCUGGAGAAAAUGACCUGUUAAACUCUAGUUCUUAAGCUGUUAGCAAAGUAAAUAUCCUUGUUGAACUGAAAUCAAAAUUGAGUUUUUGCACCUUCCCAAAAGAUGGUGUUUUUCAUGGUAGCCCUUUUCUCAUCCAUGGAUAACAACACUUACCUUAGUGUGUGUAAAUGGAACUUUUGCAAGGCAACAAUUGCACUCAGGCCUUGUUAUUUAUCUUGUACAA